AUGUCCCGUAUCCUUGAUGAUUCCCCCGAAGGUGGAGCCCCACGCCUUGCCGACUCUCCAGUCCAAGAAAACGUUGACCUCCCGACAUCUGCCGUCGACAACAGCCCUGUCGCCGCAUUUUCCUACCGCCCUCAGUCGACGAUCAGUUUUGACCCCACCUUCACCAAUUCACCCAAGCUCUUCGAAGAAGAUGAGCUCACCGAAAUGCCCAGCCCGAUCACCCCGAGCCGACGAAGGGAGAGCGUAGCGAGCAACUGGAGUUCAACAGCAAGGACCGCCGCAAGUACCAUACGGUUGAAUAAUCCCCCUACGCCAAGUGGCAGGCGGCCUCCCAGUCGGAAAGGCACUAUUGGAGGAAUGAGCGUCGAAGAGACCGAGCAGCGAUUCUUGCCGCCCCAGCAAGAAUUCUAUGACGAUAACGGGGAGGACUCGAACGAGGAACUUGGGAUUCGUGCCAACAUUUGGCCGGCAUAUUUAGAAGAGGCAUGGGAGAGGGACUCUGAAAUGCUUGAUGCUUGGCAUAAGAGUCUGGAUGUCUUGUUAAUUUUCGCGGCCCUCUUCUCCUCGCUUUUAUCCCAACUUUUGGGUAGUAUUUCCGCUAUGCUCCAACCCGAUAGUGGUGGCCAGUCGGUCGCAUUAUUAGCCGAAAUACUCAAUGAAAUGAGAAAUCCCGGCAACGCCUCCUCGGCUAUUUCUUCUUCAGACAUCCUCAUGUUCAGCCCAGGCUCUGGAGCCCGUUGGGUCAAUGGUUUAUGGUUCAUGUCUCUCGGGCUCAGUCUUACCGCCGCGCUCGCUGCAGUCUUAGCAAAAGAGUGGCUCGCUGCUUACGUCUCGGACCGACCGACUCAACCUAAAAAACGUGCAAUCCAACGACAACGCCGUCGAGAAAGUCUUGAUCGGUGGAUGCUUCCAGCCGUCAUCAGCAUCUUACCUAUGUUGAUGCAUGCCUCCCUACUCAUAUUUUUCGUCGGUCUCAUUAUCUGGCUCUGGAUGCUCGAUUUGAUCAUUGCCCUCACUUUCACAAUUAUGUUUAUUGGAAUCAUCCUCUACUACUUUGGCACGACCGGCUUGGCGAUCAUGUACCCCAACUGCCCUUACCAAACUCCCAUCGCGACUUACCUCCGCCCACUAUUUUACGAGUUUGGGUGGGUAAGAGAGAGUGCGGUUAGUGCGGCUGAAAUGACCGCCCGAGCGCUCGCUUGGGUCGUCACUAGCGCAGACGACAACCAAACCCGGGACGUGGCAGUUUUAGCGUCCACGGCCGUUCCCGGUGGCGCCCACGCCGUCGUUCUUGCCGAAUCGGGUGCGCGAACUCUGGCGUUGACACGAUUGGAAGAUAUGCUCCGCCGGGUCUCGAGUGCUGCCAAUGUCCAUCCGGGCGGGGAGCUUGCGGCCGAAAAGAUCGCCAGCGAUGCCAUUCCGGAUGCUUUGCACUUGAUUCAUGCGUACCUUCAUCUAGGCUCGAUUCACCGCUACUAUCGUUUCGCGCUUGAUACUCAUACUGAGAAGGUCAUCAAUGUUCGACGGUAUGCUACGUUCUUGGAUAAAUGCGCUGCUAGUCGGGCCCCAGGUGCCCGUGCGCUUGUUGUCGCGCUGCGGAUUAGUGACGGGCGGGAGGACCGAGAUGAAGAGGUAUAUAGUUUACUCAAGGGACACGCGGACGGUAACGGAAGACUUCCGAGCUGGGCACUACACAAGCUUUUAACCGGGGCUGUUUACCAUCGAAUAAAAGACAGGCCCGCAUUUGCGAAACGCAUUCUUCCCCACGUUCUCAAGAUCUAUGUCCGCAGCGAAGAAAUCCCUCCUCCACUCCGACAAGCAUUCGUCCUUACUCUAUGCACGAUUUGCGUUCCCAAGUUUGAUCUGUUUGCCCUGGCCUUGACGCUCGAAGUCGUGCCUAUGGAUCUGCAAAAGCGUAUCGCGGAUGCAUUUGUCGUUCAGUCCCUCUCGAGGCUGUUUGAUGGCCAAUGGAACGAAUGUGUCGGCGACCUUCGUCCGGACCUGUUGCUCCCAAUCAGCCUGGCAGCUCAAGCCAUGUCGUCCAACCCGGUGUACAAGGAACUUAUCCAAGACAUGCGGUGGGACGUGGCACUCAAAGCACCUGCGUUCAAAAAGGUUGCGUUCCCGUGCCUGACCCAAUUCACCGAUUCGUUGAACGAUAUUUCUCCUCUCCAACUCGUCGAAUCUUAUGCGCUCGAGAUGCUCCGGACUGUAUCCCCCCAAGGGCUAUUCACGCUCCCUUGGUUGAGUAUUAUCAACUCUGAAGCGCUCCAGCCUUCGUUGUUCCCGCACUCGGCUAUUCCUAUUAUUCUUUCGACGGUUAAAGAAGAGUUGUCUGGUGGUCAGGAUAACCCCCAUGCCCGCGGUAUCGUCUCUGGUGCAUGUGCCGUACUCCGAAUUCUCUGCAACAGCCAUGAACACCGAGCCGUUCUAUUUAGGGAAAGCACAGCCGAAACUAUUCUCCAAAUUCUGCAACUAGGACGAGAUGCCAAGUUCGAGUUCAAGGCGGACAUGAUACGCGCAGCCACGGACGUCGCGUUCCAGCUCGUGGCAGCAUGCGGUCCAAGUGCAACAAGCACGGGCGCAGAUCAAGCAGCGCUCUCGACGGUCCGAUACCUCCUCCAAGCCAACAUUCUCGGCGUUCUUCGGCCGUACUUUGACAACCUUGGCCUGCCCGUCUCUCAUAUCCUGAUAUGGACAAGCGUCUUGCUGCGCGUUUGGUGCUCGCGAUACCGGGACGCGGUGGUUGAUUCCGGAUUGGUCGGCUGGCUACGUAAAGACGCGCUGGCUCAAAAGAUGCACCAAAACAAGGAGCACCAGGAACUUUGGAAGCAGUUGAACGAGUUCCACGAUCGAGUCAGAAACAGGAAGCAUAUUCCGAACUCGAGGUAUUCGGAGAAACGACGUGGCACGGAAGAGGCUGGAGGGGAUAUGGUGGCCAAGUGGGAGGGUGCUUGUCAGAGGUAUAGACUGGCCAAGUCCCCACGUCAGACGGUCUAG